UGAAGACGCCGAUCCCGCACCUGCUGCGCGGCACGCUGCGCGAGUACCAGCACAUCGGGCUGGACUGGCUGGUCACCAUGUACGAGAAGCAGCUCAACGGGAUCCUGGCCGACGAGAUGGGGCUGGGCAAGACCAUCCAGACCAUCUCGCUGCUGGCACACCUGGCCUGCGAGAAAGGUAGCUGGGGCCCUCACCUGAUCAUCGUGCCCACCUCGGUGAUGCUGAACUGGGAGAUGGAGCUCAAGCGUUGGUGCCCCAGCUUCAAAAUCCUCACCUACUACGGAGCCCAGAAGGAGCGGCGGCUCAAGAGACAGGGCUGGACGAAGCCGAACGCGUUCCACGUGUGCAUCACCUCCUACAAGCUGGUGCUGCAGGACCACCAGGCCUUCCGCAGGAAGAACUGGAAAUACCUGAUCCUGGACGAGGCCCAGAACAUCAAGAACUUCAAAUCCCAGCGCUGGCAGUCCCUGCUCAACUUCAACAGCCAGCGGCGGCUGCUGCUGACAGGUACGCCGCUGCAGAACUCGCUGAUGGAGCUGUGGUCGCUGAUGCAUUUCCUGAUGCCGCGCGUGUUCCAGUCCCACCGCGAGUUCCGCGAGUGGUUCCACAACCCCCUGACCGGCAUGAUCGAGGGCAGCCAGGAGUACAACGAGAGCCUGGUCAAGAGACUGCACAAGGUGCUGCGGCCGUUCCUGCUGCGCCGGCUGAAGGUGGACGUGGAGAAGCAGAUGCCCAAGAAGUACGAGCACGUGCUCAGGUGCCGCCUGUCCAAGCGCCAGAGGUUCCUCUACGACGACUUCAUGGGCCAGGCCAGCACCAAGGCCACGCUGGCCAGCGGCCACUUCAUGAGCGUCAUCAACGUGCUGAUGCAGCUGCGCAAGGUGUGCAACCACCCCGACCUGUUCGAGCCCCGCCCCGUCACCUCCCCGCUCGUCACACCUGGCCUCAGCCUCGGCACCCCCGCCCUGGUGCUGCGCGCCCUGGAGCCACACCCCUUCCAGGUGAGGCACACCUGGGCAAGCCAGCAGGAGGAGGCUCAGGGGCACGCCCCGCCCCCCAGCGCUUGCCCCACCCCAUUGGUGACGACUCAGGGGGCGGGGCUGAACCUGGGGCUGGGAUUGGCGCUGGCCCCACCCAGGGCCACGCCCACAUUGCUGGCUCCACCCCCUGGAGGCCCCGCACAUGCCCUGCCAGCGGCGUCAUUGGCCACGCCCACCCCUGCGGGAGGCCCCACCCCUGUGGCCACGCCCACACCAAAUAUGGGCAAAGGGGCGGCUCCGGCCCCUCCCCCCGCCGUGGCCACCUUCGCGCUGCCCCAGCGGCUCCUGCUGGCCCCGGACAUGCAGGCCCGGCUGCCCU